GUGCGAUUCGUCGUCAUAAUAAUAAUAACACACACCGUCAACCGGUGGUACGUUCUACGAUAAUAAUAAUAUUAUAUUAUAUUGUUUGCCGGGUGCAUUGUGCUCGUGUGCGUCUAUACGUGAAAAGAAAAAAAAUAACCCAACGUGUGUUGCACCCGUUUGUGCGAUUUAGUGUUGUACAGUUGUAGUUUGUACUGUAGUUGUGUUCCGGUGGUGGAGGACAUCUGUUGGUGCUGCAGUUGCGGUGUUUAUUUAAAAAAAAAAAAAAGGUAAACCGGCACGAUUUAUUUUAUCUCCGUGCACCUACCCAUCAUCAUCAUCAUCUAAGACGUUUUGAACAAUUAUACAUCUGCUGCUGCCGCACUGUAUAGCGUCGCACGCGUUGUGUUUUUUCGUGAUCCUUGAUCCUUCACGGUUUCUGUUUGGUAAGCCCAACACUGAAUACAUCGAACCGGUCAUAGCCGUACACGGAGUCCGCCACAAUGUCCGACAAACAGAUCUAUUAUUCGGAUAAAUAUUACGACGACAAGUACGAAUACAGACAUGUUGUGUUGCCUAAAGAAAUGGCAAAAAGCAUACCUAAAACACAUUUACUUUCUGAAGACGAAUGGAGAUCAAUUGGAGUACAACAGAGCAAGGGAUGGGUACAUUAUAUGAUCCAUGAACCAGAACCUCACAUUUUAUUAUUCAAAAGACCACGAACCAACUGAACUUUCUACAUACCCAAAACUGUUGAAUGUCUUAUUGAACAAUGCAAAGAAGGUAGGGGAUGGCAAAUUUAGUAUCUAAGUAUUAUAAUGUUCUGUUGUAUAUAUAAACCAAUGAAAAAUGUUGAUUAGUUUCAACUUUUUUCUGAGUAAAUGUAAUGUUUAUUCACUCUGUUAUGUUUCAAUAAUUGAAUUUAUUUUUAAAAUGUAAUCGUAAAUAUUUACUCUGUAAGUCUUGAUUAUUAAAUAUUUUUAUUAUUAAAUACAUUUUUUUUAAAUCAAA